AUGUCGAGCAGACGGGAACGGUGGCAGGAAGAUGUAAAGAAGGUUCUGAGUUAUUCAAAAGUCUACAAUGAACUUAAAUUUAAAUGGGAUAACAAAACAAAGUGAGCUUUUUAUUAUGUUUUUGAAAAUUAUAUGAAAGGUAUAUUGUUUUAGAUGUUACUUAUGUCAAUAUCAAAAAAUUAUGAUUUUUUCAAGUUUUUUUAAAAUUUAUAUCUACAAGAACUAAAACCUGCAAUUUUAGAUUACAAUACACAGUGCUGGACACAUUCGCCGGCAUUCUUUUCAUGUACAUAUUAGUGGCGUCAGGGAUAUGCGAGUUCACGUAUCCAUGGGUAAUGGGCAAUAUCGACAAUCUUCACCACGUCUUCGACUGGCUGCUGAAUAAUCCAGCUGGACUGAAACUCAACAGUCAAGUCAACGUUCUUUUGGCAUCGUUCUUCAGGUAUCACGUGCAUUUGUGGAAAUGUAGGUUUUUGGAAUUUCGGUCGAUUUCUGGCCGAAAUGUUGGGUUUUUUGGCAUUUUUUAUCGUUACUUUUUAUAGGUAACAGAUAGAGGUUUGGUAAUUGUUGUGAUUUUAGAGCAGUCUUUUGGUCAUUUAGCCUAAUUGAGAAUUUUUAAAAAUUUUGAAAGUUCGGGAAGUUACAGUAGUUUUACUGUACCCAUGUCUCUAUUGUCUUUAUUUUUCUAAUUUUUUGAGGAUUUUUUAAAAACGAAUUAGACAUUUUUUUAAUAUUCUUUAAGUACGAAUUUUAGAGCAUGAACAAUAUUACCCUUCGUUAAAUUUUUGGAAAGAUAUAUUGUCUAUAACCAAAGUUAUGUUCAGUUGAAGGUGAAAAUUUUUUUUUGGAUUUUCGGUAUUUUUAAAUUAGCAUAACUUUUUUGUAAAUGCACAGAUUUAUACGAAAUUUUUAGAAUAGCUACACUUUUAUAUGGACAUUCAAAAUUUUUUACAGAUUUUUCAAAAAAUUUUAAAAAAUUUUCAACUUUUAAAUUUCAGACUUUAUUACCCAUAUGUACGCGGCCAGUUUGCUUCCAAUUCUCUACGUAGCUGCUGCCACAGGUUCAACCGUUCUUGUAGCAGCUCUUCACGAUCUAAUCUCAGUAGCUACGAUGCAUUUGAUGUGUUUCAAUGUGUAUACAUCAAGAUUGGCACAAGUCUUCUUCACCGGUCUGACCACGUUUUGGAGAGCGUUCAGAGGGAAAAAAUGGAAUCCAUUGAGGAAUCGAGUCGAUUCACUGCAUUUGGAUGACCGGCAGACCUUUAUGGUCACUACACUGUUCAUUGGGACUGUGUUUUUGUUACCUACUAUCAUGAUUUACUACGUGGUGUUUUUUACGGUAGGUUUAGGGGGUUUUAGAGGAUCAAAGGGUAAAAAGGGGUUUAAGUGGACUUAAAAGAUGCAGUAAUACUUUGGCAUUAAGUUUUUUGAAUUUGGUGAUAUACGUAUUGUAAAGCAUAAAAAGAGGGAUCUUUUCAGAAAAUUUUAAAAUGAUGGAAGUAACUUACAUAAAGUUAUGGUGAUUUAAAAAUGACAUUGCAAUGUCUUAGAAAAUUUUUUUUGAAAAAAAUCAAAUUUUUUAAAAAUUUAUUGUUUUUCAGAUCAGAAUAGUGCCAAUGGUCGUCCAAUACAUCCUCGACCUGUUCAUGACUCAAUUCCGUCGUCUGGCCAACUUUUUCGACCAUCCUGAGCUGGCUGUCCCCGCCGAGAGCCACUUCCCUCCUCCACCAACCACAAAACCCAAAUGCCCGACCAAAGUGAUAAAGCCGGCGGAUGUGGGUCAAGAACAACAACAAUCAAAUCAAAACGACCGUCAAACCGACCAGCGUGGCCGACAAAUCGACCGGAACGCAGCGCUAAGGCCGCGCCCCAUCCGACCACCGCCCGCUCGUAGCCAUCGAAGCAUCGCCGAUCCGGAUUCGACGAUCGACUUUUGUGAAACCAAACGAAUCGCCUUUAGUCGCCACAACCUCGGCCAAACUCCAAAAUUGCUCAAAGUCACGUGA